ACAAUAGGCCAUAUUUCACUCCCAGAAUUCUGGUUCAUUUUUCUUUGUCUGAAUCGAACACACGUGAGUAUGUCUGAUCACGAAGACCAUGCAGACUACGCAGACAAUGAAUCCUUUGCAAAGCGUAGGUUCAGGGAUAGGUCCAAGGAGGCAUUGUCCAAACAAGCCGUUAAGUUAGCCAAACAAGCUGAAGAGCAUGAAAGGUUCAUCAACAAGGUGACUCAUCUUUUGGGGGUUCUUGGCUUUGGUUGGUUUUGCUUCAUCUUUGGGGCAAGGCCACAAGCCGUUCCCUUGGUAUAUUGUUUGUUCUAUGUGGUAUUUGUUCCUCUCCGUUGGAUAUAUUACAGGUUCAAGAAAUGGCAUUACUAUCUCCUGGAUUUUUGCUAUUAUGCCAAUACAAUCUUCUUGGUUUACCUCCUUUUCUACCCAAGCAAUGAAAAGCUUUUCCUGGUUUGCUUUUCAUUUGCUGAGGGGCCAUUAGCGUGGGCUUUAAUUGUUUGGCGCUGUAGCUUAGUUUUCAGUUCGGUUGACAAGAUUGUCAGUGUUCUUAUCCAUCUUUUGCCUGGAUUGGUUUUCUUUACCAUUCGAUGGUGGAAUCCUGCAACCUUUGAAGCCUUGCGACCAGUGGGAACAGCUAGAAGAUCUACAUGGCCUUACAUCGAAGAUAAAUCCUAUCUCUGGAUGUGGCUGUUUCUGGUUCCCUUAGCAGUUUAUAUUCUCUGGCAGGUUCUAUACUUCCUCAUUGUUAACGUCUUGCGCCGACAACGGUUUUUAAGAGAUCCUGAAGUCAUGACUUCCUACAGGGAACUCUCCAAAAAAGCUCAGAAAGCAAACAAUAUUUGGUGGCGUUUAAGCGGCUUACUUGGGGAUCAAAAUCGCUUGUUAAUGUACAUUGUGCUUCAAGGCAUAUUCACUGUGGCAACCACUGCUCUGACUGUUCCCAUAUUCUUGUCAUAUGAAUUGUCUGUAGUCUUCCAAUUGCUGAAGAUUUCUGCGUCGGUGUGGAAUGGGGGAAGUUUCCUAAUAGAUGUGAUGCCUAGGCAGGUAAUUCUCAAGGAGAAAAAGAAAUCAGAGAUGCAACCUGUUCAAAAUAAAAAAGAUCAGUGAUAGAUGGUGAUGGAAAGUGGUAGGUAGUUCAACUAUUCUUGAGGCAUCUUGAUUUCAUGAUAUGAGUUAAUUAUCCAUUUAGUCAUACUAUCCUAGUCUUACUGGGUAUACCAAGGGAGUGUAGCUCAGUUGAUUGGUUGAACAGGUUGAACAGGAUGGGUGAGUUGUUGUAAACUCCUUGGUACUUGUGUUUGAUUCCUAUGGAUCACACAAAGUCUUAUUGUGUAUUAUAAGAUGACCCCACAUGUUACCAAUCUAUGGUCCUCUAAAUGCAAAUGAAGUGGAAUACACCAAUGCAUAUUCCCUGUGCAUUUAUUCAAAUAGACACUUUGUAGAACAAAGUCUUAUACGAUGAUAUCUUGCUAUAGUUUUAUCUUCACCUCUAAUUAGUAAUUUCAGUGUGCUUUA